CGACAAGCCAAGCACAUCACAGACAAAAUGGCGCCCGCAGCUGGAGCAAAGAAGCAAAAGAAGAAGUGGUCCAAGGGCAAGGUCAAGGACAAGGCCCAGCACGCCGUCCUGCUCGACAAGAACAUCUCCGACAAGCUCUACAAGGAUGUUCAGUCCUACCGCCUCGUCACCGUUGCCGUCCUGGUCGACCGAAUGAAGAUCAACGGCUCCCUCGCCCGCCAGUGCAUCCGCGACCUCGAGGAGAAGGGCAUGAUCAAGCCGGUCAUCACUCAUAGCAAGAUGAAGAUCUACACCCGUGCCAUCGGCGAGUAAAUUUACCACCAUGUUUGAAAGUUAAAGCAUUGAGAUUUGGCGCCUGGUUGGUCUGAACGGAAGAAAAUGGGCCAUGAGAGCAGAGGAUGAUACACGAGGUACAUACAGCCUCGGAUGGGACGCUUUUUCAUGCUCGGUGUAGCAUUUUCAUGGGAUCGGAAACGCUUUAGCAUAUGGCUACGGAAUGAAGAACUUCAAAAAAUGACC